AUGCUGGCUUUUCUUUGUUUAUUGGUCGGAACUGCUCAUGCACUUUUCUUUAAUCUCCCAGGUAAAACAGAACAAUGCUUUGCGGUCACAGUUUCCAGAGGAGCAGAACUAUGGGGUGUCUAUAUAGUUUCUGGGGAAGGCGAUCAAAAUGUUCUAGCUCGUGUAACAGGGCCAGAUGGUCGUGUUCAUUUUCAAAGCAAGCCAAAGGCACGUGAAGGGUCUUUCGAACUGACUCCAGAGCCAACUGGUGACUAUCGUUUGUGCUUCCAAGCUAAAGACAGCCGUCAGAAGACAAUUUCCUUUGAGUUUUCCAGCCAGGAAAAGGUCGUAGAAGAUAAAUUAGCUACUGAAGAAGAAAUGACACCUUUAAAGGAAACCUUAAAACAAUUAUCUAGGAACUUAGACAGCGUCUAUAGAAAUAUUCACUUUUACGAAAGAAGAGAAAAAAUACACAGAGACUUGGCUGAAAGGACUUGUGAUAGAGUGCUGUGGAGCGCCAUGGGAAAGAUAUUUGUGCUUUGCGUGAUCAGUUUAAUGCAGAUUUUCAUGUUGAGAAGCUUUUUCGAUUCUAAAAAGUCGACUGGGGUAUAA